AUGAUGGCAAACUCUCAAAAUGCAGAAAGCGGUGAUUUGUAUACAGCUCUAUGGAAGGCUUGCGCAGGACCUAUGGUGAAUUUUCCUUGUACUGGAGAAAGAGUUUACUAUUUUCCUCAGGGUCACUUAGAACAAUUGCAGGCAUCUACUAAUCAAGAGUUGAAUAAACAAAUCCCGAGGUUCAAUCUUCCCUCGAAGAUCCUUUGUCGCGUUUUUCAUAUUCAAUUACGGGCUGAACCUGAAACAGAUGAAGUUUACACCCAGAUCACAUUACACCCCGAACCAGAUCAAACCGAGCCCACGAGUCCUGAUCCAUGCCCUCCCAAUCCACCCAAGCAAAAUUUUCGUUCUUUAUGUAAGAUUUUGACGGCAUCUGACAGAAGUACACAUGGAGGGUUCUCUAUUCUUCGAAGGGACGCCAAUGAAUGUCUCCCUCCAUUGGAUAUGACUCAAGCAAUCCCGAGCCAGGAUUUGGUUGCAAAGGAUCUUCAUGGUUAUGAGUGGCGAUUUAAGCAUAUAUUCCGAGGUCAACCACGGAGACACUUGCUGACAACGGGCUGGAGCACAUUUGUCACCUCUAAGAGAUUAGUUGCAGGCGAUGCUUUCGUUUUCUUGCGGGGUGAUAACGGAGAAUUGCGAGUCGGUGUUCGCCGUAUAGCUCGACAACAAAGUACCAUCCCACUUUCUGUUAUUUCCAGCGAAAGCAUGCAUCUUGGAGUGCUUGCUUCUGCAUCGCAUGCCAUUACCACAAAAACACUAUUUCUGGUGUAUUACAAGCCAAGGGCAAGCCAAUUCAUCAUUGGGAUGAACAAAUAUUUAGAGGCUGUACGACAUAAAUUUACUAUGGGCAUGCAUUUUAAGAUGAGAUUCAAAGAAGAAUCUCUUGAGAGAAGGUCGACUGGCUCCAUAAUUGGUGUUGUAGAUAUCUCUCCACGUUGGAAAGAUUCUAACUGGCGGUCUUUGAAGAUACAAUGGGAUGAACCUGCAACCGAGCAGCAGUCAGAGAGGGUCUCACCAUGGGAGAUAGAGCCAUUUGUUUCUUCUGCUUCUGUUGAGAUUGCACAACAUGCUACAAAGAACAAAAGACCUCGACUUCUUGAUCAGCAUCCAUCCGGAACUACGGCUACAUUAUCGUCGGGUGGAAUGUGUCCACCUACUUCAGUCAGGAAUGAUUCUCCAAACCUGUUUCAGGAAUCAGAAUACAAUAAAAAUGUAUCUGUACGAUCUAUCCUUUCUGAUUAUAACACUCCCAUCUCAUUGAGGAUAAGUAAGGAUCAUUUUCUUGAUCAAGUUGAUAGAAGUAAGAAGGUCGAGACUACUUCAGCAUGUCGGUUAUUUGGCGUUGAUUUGAGGAACAAAGCAAAUAUUAUUUCACUGGUCGAGAAGCAAGUGACAGUUCCAAACAUCACUUCAAAAUGUUCUAAUGAUGUUGAUAGGAUGAACAAGAAGGGUGUUUUGAAAUUCUCCGAAGAAAGAAAACAUGUAGUUGAGGAUUUGCCUAAUGAUACUCAAAGUAAACAGAGUUCCAUCUCAUCUACAAGAACCCAUACCAAGGUACAAAUGCAAGGGAUUUCUGUCGGACGUUCUGUCGAUUUGAGUUCAUUAGAAGGUUAUGAUGACCUUAUCACCGAGCUGGAAAAAAUGUUCGAGAUUAAGGGGGAGCUUUGCCCAAUAAAAAAAUGGGACAUAGUUUACACUGACAACGAGGGCGAUGUCAUGCUUGUCGGCGAUGAUCCAUGGCCGGAGUUCUGUAAGAUAGUCAAGAAAAUUUGCAUCUAUUCGAGCGAGGAAGUGAAGAAGAUGAAUCCUAGAUGCAAGUUUCCUUUGUCGUCUGUUGAUGGUGAAGGCACUACAAGAAGCUUAGAUUCAGAACCAAAAUCUGCAGAAUAG